AUGCAGGUUCAGAAACUUUGGCCACUUUACCGUCGGUAUUGAAAAAUUACUCGUCAAAAAUAACGGAACAACUGAAAGAUAAACAAUCGCUUUUUAAAGAGUAACUGACUGAUGCACAGGUGGAAUUAAAAAAAUAUUUGGAAAAAGAACCAGCAGAACAUGUAAAUGAUAUUGAUAAAAGAGUAAAAACGAUUAGGAAAAAUCUGGAAAAUGAAAUGGCAAAAGUAUAUAUUCUUGAUGCUGCAUCUUUAGACAAUAUUUACAAUAUGCGAAAAGAUGUAGUCGAGUUACUGAAAAUUGAUAAACAGUUACGGAUAGUAAACCGUGUCCAGAAUAUUGUCAGCAUAAUUCAUGUGCCAUUAAAAUUUUACCAACAAAUAAAAAAGGAUCAAGUUAAAUUAAACUAGGUGGCUCUUGCUAUUGAAAAGGCAGAUGAAAAAUUAAGGGAAUUAAUGUUAUACGAGCAAAGCAUUUACAAAAUCAUUUUACCGAUAUGCAAAGACAUAGAAGAUAAAGUGAACGAAAUGGAAAGUAAUUUGCAAGGUAAAUCUCACGCAGCUCUGGAUGUGAGUAAAUGGAAAAUACAAAGCACUCUAAGAGAUGUGAAGCUUGAAAUGCAAAAGUUGACGAAGGGAUUUAAGGUACAAGGAGACCAAUCCCGGUGCAUAGAAAAAUUGGAAGAAGGCAUGUCCAUUAUGAUCAAUAUGUAUGACCGUAUAGAAUAUUAUCACGAUAAAGCAGAAUUGGCCGAUUACAUAGCGAACAUCAAUUCCAAUAGAGCAAAUGGAAUUCGAAUAUCAAAUGAGGUGCUCAGGCGUGAUGUAGAUGAUCUGAAGUGGAUAAUACAAUCCGACCUCGUUUUGGAAAAAUAUGAAACGAGUAUAAAAGCAUUCAUGCAACAUAUAUAUCCAUUUGCAGAUUACUUUAUAGCAGAAUUUGAUUUACCUACUUCACUGAAAUCAGACGAUACUAAGAGCUUAGUAGCAAUAUCUUCUAGAAAAAUAAGUAUCUUAAAAUCGAAAUUAAUAGCGUCUGAAAUAACGAUAAACAAAUACGAUGAAUUCAUACGUAGCAGAGUUUCGUUUAACAGUAAAGGCAAUAGAUCUUCGCCAUUCUUCGUGUGGAAGAAUAAUGAACACAAAAAUGCAAUAAGAAAACUAUUAGAGGAAGAAGAAAUAACUGUAAAGUCUGAUAUUAGACGAGGUUUGAACAAUAAUGCAAUCAAAUUCGAUACGAUAGGUAUUUAUUUUAAAUUAGCUAACCAAGCAAUUCAAAAUGAAUUAAAUGAGCAUUUGGAAGACUUUGUUCUAUGGGGAGAAAGUAUACCUUUGCUUCUUUGAGAAAAUUUAGAGAUGAAAAAAUAGAUUUCGAGUUAGAGGGUACUGGACAAUACGUACAACAAGGAAAGUAUAGUGAACGAACAUUUUAUGGGGUUGGAUGCAGAUGCUGUUCCCAAAACUACACAAUUCAUGAGUAUUCAGUCUUUAGACUACUUCUAGACUACCAGCUGUACCUAAUACGCUUAUAAACGACAAAUCGUCUACUGUUAAUGGCCUACCAAACGAUGUAACGUUUUGUAACAAUGGCAACUUAUUAUUAUUAGACUUGAUAAUUCGUCAAAAGAAUGGAAAAAAACCAAGCAUGAUCAUUUUACAGUAGAUCAGAAACCCGAUGUUGAAUAUGCCCAGAGUCUAGCUUAUCGUGGUCAUACGUUUGAGAUAUAAUGUAUAAAUUGUAAAAACCACAAAUAAAUUGUAAACGAUGUUUUGAAAUUAUUUGGUUAUAGGUGUGUUACUUCAUCUUAAAGUGAUUGCAUGCAAUUUAUUGAAAACUUUGACUAUUUUUCUUCUACUAAUUACCAAAAAACAGCCUUUAUUGCUUACCAGGUAAUUUAUUACCUGACCGAGUAAACAUUAUUUCUCCUGAGAUCUUAAAUUUACGUAAUAUAAAUAUCGUUGAAAAUGGCUGUCCACGUCAAAAGUUACUAGCGAUUGAAAAUAGGGCAAAAUUUGUUGAAUAUUCUCAUAGAAUGGCUCAUCAAGUUUUUCUAAUACUGUAACAUAACAUAAUAUUAAUCUUUUCUGUGAAAUGUGCCCAAUUCAUCUUCGCAGGGCGUGACAGUAAAUUGGAUGGAACCGGCGAUUUAGUAAUGUUAAAAGGACCGUUGAUAUGCUAUUGGGUUUGCUUACAGACUUUUUGUAAAAUAUUGUUUCGGUGACUCAGUUAUUGAAAUAUGAUAAAUGCGGUCCAAUACAAAACGAACAAACUAUUAAGGCAUGAAAAAGAUCUUUACAAGUUGAUUAGUAAAACUGCAAACGUUAUUGCAUAAAUGAACCUAUUUAAAUUUUCAAUUUGGCUAUUGCGAGUAAGUAAAAGUAUAUGCAGACAAUACUCGCAUUCCUAAAUUUGUUCAGACUAUAAUUAUGCAGUCUACGUCAGGAAACACAAUUAUUUCAAAUUUUAUUAUCCUAAUCUUGAAAAUUCAAGUAAAAUAAUUGUGUGAAUUAGUUAUUUUGAAAGCGAGCGAGCGGCGUGUUCUGUCAAGCUAAUUCUUUUGUAGCCUUGAUUUUGCAAUAGUUCUGAGGUGGGAGUUUUAGUGUAAAUUAUUAUCGUGACACUCUUUUGCUGCUGUCCGGAUGAACUUGUUUAGAAUUUAUAAAAAUUAGAGCAGAUUUGGCGAUAAAGGUUUUGAGUGAUGUGGUUUCUUUACCUUCUUCUUGCGGCUCUUUGCAGAUUCUGGUAGCUGUGCGUUGUUAAAUAAACAGUCGCUGAGAACAAGUUUUUGUCCAGCCGUAUUGGAACAGUUAUAUCAAAGGCUGUCGCUGAUGUUGCUACCUUGUAGACUGAAAUUGAAUUAAGCUUACCGCUGCUUUACGGGACCUUUUAUAUUAUAGUUUCAUGGGUGGGGUGUCUCUAAAACUGGUGGGGCGGUGUUUUUUGCACGGUUGACUGGGUGCAAAAAUAAGGUGCUGACAAGAUGAAUUUAAAAUAUAAGAAAGCUAGAACUUUAUUCAAGGUAAAAUAUUAGAAGAGGAAAAUUACACAAACGAUACAAUACAUCGAUCACAAUGUACGAGAGCGCUACUUCUCGUGUCGACGCUUGUGCGAGACUGACUGCCUGCCUGGACAGGCCUGGCGUGGGCCAUAAUAAACUUGCGCGCGCUAGCGCUACGCUAUACCUGCUCUAAGCACAGCCCUUCUUUAAAAAAGCUAUAAAGACCCUCUCAUCCCGCUCGGGAUUUUCUUCAGACAGACGCUUAUAAUUUUUAUAACAUUUUGAAAACUUAAAACUAGACUGAAACUCGACAGGCGCGCGGCAUGCGACCAAUCGGAGAUUAGAUGUAGUUUAGUUGGAGGGCUGUUACGUGGCCGAUCAGCGAGAUUAAGUGUAAUAUGAUGUUCAUGUUCACUUAAUCAUUAUUUAUCGAAAUUAAUAUUAAUUAAUCAAAUUGGUAUCUAAGACACUGCUAAGAUAAAGUUUUAAUUAGAAUAUGCCGUGAAAAUAAAUAUAAAUGCUUGGGAUCUAUACUCACUUUUCAUUUCGAAAUUGAAAAAAAAAUCUCAAUUAAUUUCUGAUAGAAACUCAAAAUCUCAAACGUUUUUUAAAAAGGCACUAAUAUUGAUAGAUUAAAAAUACCUUCUCUAAGCUUUAGGACAGCGAGCAGUAAUACACAGCAGUAAAAAAACCGCUGCAAAUUAUUUGACACCUUCAAUAUUAUGUGUUCCCUGGUCAAAGUCGUUCUAUUUCCUAGCCAGGACUGACCAGUGGCAGACUAUGAAAUGCCGUUUAUAACAUUUAGUGGCCCGUUACUGCAGUCGGGGUAGAAUGAUUUCUACCAGGAUUGCCUUAACACAAACAUUGUUUUUGCUUAGGAUAAAAACGACAAUUUUCGGUUUUUAAUGUUAAUUUUCAAUUUUUCUCCGAAACUGCUGCACGAAAUGACUUGAAAUUAAAGUGCUGUAUAGUUAUAAUAACCAUCAUUAUAAUCAUGUUUUUGCUUAAGUGAAGAUUUAUAAACAUAAGUUAUGGUGUAUGUAUAAAAGUAUCCGCACAACUACCAUUGUGCUAAAGCAAUAAUCACUUUCUGUCCACGCAAGUCAAAAUAAUAAAACUUUAAAAAUUAACCUCUACUUCUUUUCGCUUAUACAGUACGUACCGAUCUUGUGCUACUAAGUAUAAUACGCUCUUUUUGUAGAGUUAAUUACGCAAAGUCCUUCAGGUACACCUAAUAUAAUAUAAGUUUAAUAUGUAGCGUACGCGAAACAUUUUUCGGUGUAGCGUACACGAUUUUAUUUCAAAAGACAGUCUCUCAAAACAUACUUCCUACAUGCUUUUUACAUAAACUCUAAAACUUACUAUUACAAGGCUUCUUUAGGAAGGAAGCAAUAAAUAAUACGUGAAUACGCCUAGUUUGAAUCUGCGCGACUUCCCGGGCCGCACAGGUAGCGCCACAGUCGCGGCACUGCGAGUCGCGAGAGAAAAGGUGCAGCUCGCCGCUCGCGCUGCAGACGGCCGCCGCAUGCACGCAGCGAUCGAGUCGUCCACCUCAUAUCAUAAUCCGAAGACCGAACGACUGACUCGAAGCCAGCGCACUCUCGAGAGUCUCGAGUAUAGUCAGUAGCUUAUAUAUAGCCGUAGCCGUACGUGUACUAUAUACACAACACGCCGAGUGUAGACUGUACUUUGUAGAGAGCCAUUGCCGUAUCUCCAUAUGUGUGCGUGCGCGGCGCGUUGCAGUAGCCUGUAGCGGCUGUAGCAGUAGUCAGUCGGAGAGUGUUUGUGUCGACGCCCAUAGUGUCCAGUGAGUGGCCCCGGGUCGCCGCCGCCACCGCCCCAGAGCAACGUCCUCCGUAUACUACAGCACACCGGUGACAGAAACAUAAG